AUAUUUUUCAAAAAAAUACAAUAUGAAAGGAGGUAAAUAAUAAAAGAACAAAUCAAUAUGGGAUACAGUUAAAAAUGAAGAAAAAGACUUCUAUUUUAACUUUUUAGCUAAAAAAUAUAGAAAUCUCUAAAAGAAACUCAAAGACAUUGCAGAGCUUGAAGAAUUACAAAAAACAAAAGAAUUGAAGCAAGAAUAGAUUUAAAAGAUACAAAAUAAAGAGGAAAACAAUGAAAAAAUCAAAGAAUUAGAAGGUCAACUUACAAAUUGGCUCAAUGCUAAGAAAGAAGCAGAACAAUAAGGAUCUAUAAUUACAAUUGAAGCAUAUAUUAUAAUUCUUCAAUCUCUUGCCUAAGAUCCAUAAUUACUUACACUUUUAGCUUAAGAUCAUGAAUCUACUCAUGAAUUAGCUAAAAAAUUGUAAUCUAAAAUAGUUGGCCAAUAAUUCAAAAAAGAUCAACCAUGGAAAGGAUUGAAAGUAUUUAAAUUUAACUAAAUUUAGUUUGAAAAUCAAACAUAAGAAUAAAAUUAAUAACCUUAAUAAACUUAAGUAGAAAAUUAAACAGAAACAGAACAAUAAUAAGUUCAAUAAGUGAUUUAAUUAUUAGAAUAAUAAUAAUAAGUCUAAACAUAAUAACCACCAUCAGAAGAUGUUUAAGUUUAAUUCAAAUAAGUAGAAUAAUAGGAAGUCUAAGAAACUUAAGAACAAUAAUAAUUUACUGAAUAACAACCAAUUAAUGAAUAACCAUAAGAAGACACUUCAAAUUAAAUCUAAUAACCUAAUUAAGAUUAAGAGCCUUAAACAAGAGAAGGUUAAAGACAUAAUUAACAUCAUGAUGAUAGAAAAAAUUAUAGAAAACAUUAUAAUAAUAACAAUUAUGAUAGAAGAAACAAUUAUGAUAGACCAUACAGAGGAAACAAAUAACAUUAUCAUAACAGAGACAGAAAUUAUUAAUAAGAUUAACUCUGGGAAGAAAAAGUUGACAAAUAGACUACUUAAAAUUAAGAAGAAUAAUAAUAAGAAGAAGAUGAUUACAUUACAGUUAGAAGCAAGUAUUGUCUAUUUUUAUUGUAUUUAGAAAACCAUAAAAACCAUAGAGAGGAGGAUAGAAAAAUUAUGAUAAUAGAAAUAAUAACAGAAAUUACGAUAACAAUCCAUAAAGAAGAUAGAAAAACAAUGACGAAGUUGAUUCAUGAGAG